GCAACAGUUCCGCCUCCAACUUUUCUGAUGAGGCUGAAUCAAUCUGAUAAAUCAGCUAAUCCUAGUUUUUCAACGUCAACUCCUCUGUUCCAUACGAGUACAUGACCAGAAUGUGAUCAGAAGAUCUGCGAAGCAAUCAUCAAAAAAUUCGUCGGCAUAAUUCACGUGCGCUGCGCAGCACCUGUAAGGCCGCUAUUGGGCCCGCCUGUUUUGUCCGAACAUCAUCCUAGUGAUUGACCGACUUGGCUGACCCUGCGAGAGGGCGUAGGGUCUGCUUUUCGAAGUACCAACCCUUAACCAUCGCGCCAUCUGGGUCUCGCAUGCUCUCUAGCCACUGAGGCUUCGGAUCUUAUCUUUUUCUUCGGCGGGAUCUAGUUCUCCUCGAUACGCGUUAAUUUCUCACUGGCUCUCUUGACCGUUGGAACCGCUCGAGUAAUCUCAUCCCGAACACGCGAGCGUUCAUCCAAACUACACUUGCGAGUUCCGACUCUCACUUUAAUAUAUCAACUUAAUCUACUAUGGCGCCCACUUCAAGCAUGAAAUCCGUUCUCAACGCGCGGGGGACCCAGUUAUCCCCCGGCGCAAUCGCUGGGACAGUCAUCGGCUGUGUUUUCGGAGGGAGCCUAUUACUCAUAGUCUUAGGCUUUCUCUACUUUCGAUUCAGACGGAAGUCCAGGGAAGCCAGGUUGGCGGAGGAAAUAUUGCCGACUGAGAAAUCCAACAGUGCCCAUCGUAGGACUCUGUUCCCUAUUCCGGGCUUCCUGCCUAGACAGACCCCUGCCACUCAAGAAAGUCACCCUCCUUCUCUUAAAGAUGAUAUUGAAAGAGGUGUACCCACUUUGACUGAUGGCUCGGAAUUCCAGGGGCCACAUACUUCUGGCUAUAGGGACGACCUCAUGAGGGAUCAUGAAACAUAUUAUACGGAAAACUUCGGUCAGCAGCCUUUCCCACCAGGUAUUGAUUUCUCUCUUCCUGCUCAGCCGUCGCUUCCUACAACAACCAACGAACUGGGGAAAAUUCUGCCUUUGGACAAUGCUGCCCCAGCACAAGAAGCUGCCAAUUCUAGUUAUUAUGACACUAGGAUCUCCAUGGAUUCGGCUCCUGGCCAAGGACCGAUACCACCGUCUAGACAGAUGACCGAGCUUUAUGAAGAACAGCUUAGACAAUCACGCGAAGAACGUAGACGAAGCGGUUCCUUGACAAGUCGGAUCUGGAGCAGCUUCAAGAGAAAACGAUCUACGCACUCCUCGACUCACGGUACCAGCAGUCCUCAGUACUCAGCGUCACAGCAGUAUUUCCCCAAUUCGCCAGUUGCCAGCCCUAUUGGCAUCAAACCAGAGUCUGGAUUUGAAGCAGCAGGAGGGAGCAAUUCGCAGACGAAGAUUCCGGGAAACCGGUUUUUCGAGGAACCCGGGGAGAUGCCUGAAAACCCGAAUAUUUCAAGUAGUUCUAUAGGCGGAAAUAGGGAUCAACAGCAACACAAGAAACAGAAACGAGGAGAUUCGCGGUUUGACGAAUUCCCUCUCAGGACUAGCUCAACAAUUCGAGAUACAACUGAGAAAGAUCCGGAGCUACCCUCAGCUGCCCUUAGAAGCCGGGAUUCCACUGACGGGUUACCUCACUCAGCUCAGCCACAAUCCGAGACCCGGCCCCAAAGACUUAUGAGCCCGGCCAUCCCGGAACCUAUGGAGUUGGAUGAGACAGUCGAAGCUGUUCAUAGACCAUCUGUCUUCCAAGGCUCUCACUCUCCUCCUCUUCAUCCAGAAUCAUUCGUGUCGCCGAUGUCCAUCAUGCACCCAUCUAACGCUGCCGAGAAGGCUGCCUACACCCACUUCCAAAUGGAGAACUCUAUGUCCCCUCCGACGUUUCCUACCUCGCCUCCCGCCAUCGUUACCGACCAACCAUCACAAGAGACAUUCAACAACUUCGCUCAAGGCCCUCAAGACGACUUCGAUGCCGAUAGCUUCCUCGAUAUCCCUAGUGACGACGAACCCCGCCAGUCGGGAGAGUCAUACGACUACUCAACUACACCGGGACAUACACCAGGGCAGAGCUCCACGACGGACCAUUCUAUGGGGAGGACACCUGACACCCGCCUGACGGUAUCCCCAUCCCCGUACCCGGUAAUACAUGAGCAUGUCAAGCCGGAACCAGAGUCGAGCUCGUCGCCAGAAGCCUCCAAACUAUCACCCCAGUCACCCGUCCAUAUUUGCGAAGAAUGUGGUCGAUACUUCGAUCAAGUGCACAAACUGAACCACCAUAAACGGUAUCAUGACCGCAAACACGAAUGUACUUACGAAGGUUGUGAUAAGAGGUUCGGUACCAAGACACAUCUCGAUCGCCACAUCAACGACAAGCAUGUGAAGUCGAAGGCAUACCACUGUAUCGAGCCAACAUGCCAAUACUAUAGGGGUGGCAAGGCCUUCCCGAGGAAGGAUAACUGGAGGCGACACAUGGUCAAGAAGCAUGGGGCAACGGCGGGCGAACUCGAGAUGAUGGACGAGUCAAUCGGAUGAGAAGGCUAUACCCAGUCGAUUCGUCAUUAUACGACCAGUAUAUGUAUCACAGACGACAUGUAUUCGAAGGUUCACCGAGGGUAACUAUAUGAUGCCGUAUGGUCUUAGGCGUUGAUGGGAGAAGGAUUCCAGUGCGGAAAUCCGUCACGCCGACAGGACGCAUUAACCAUGGUGGAAUUGGUAUAAGGAUACAAACUCUCCAUCACUUUUAUACUUCUACUUAUGAGCAAGCCAUCUGGCUUCCAAAGCCCGGUACGCCAUACCUGUUGGAAUAGGAUACCGCCUUCAAGCUUAUUCCAAUCUACAACGACGAACCUUCGUUUCUAUACUUUACGAUCUUUCGACAUUCGAUACACUCGUUCAUGCACAUAAGGAUAUAUUUGGUAAUAGCAUUCGGGACAUAUAGGAGCAAGCGAAAGCGAAGUCGGAACCUUCUUUGGGCUGGUCACUGUAAUAAAGCAAUGGCGCUAGCGGUUUUUGUCAAGAGAUAUCAAUGUAUUUCAACAGAUGCGAUAUGGGUUUUUAGUUCUCACGAAUACAGCUAAGAGGCCAGGAUAAAACGGUUGGAUAGAAGCUCUUGCAAUCUACAACACGAAUCUUUUUUCGAGU